CGCACUUUGAAGUGAGCUACCAGGACCAAGCUUCAAUUCCAAGCGUCUUACCGCUCACAAAAAAAAAAAAAAUCAUUGGUCUGCUUUAGAUCUUUGAAGGGUCAUCAACAUUCGUUUACAGCUUAGUAUGGAGAUUUCACGCUUGGUGAAAAGGAGCCACUUUUACAGUGUUGUUAUAGCACUUCUUCUGCUCCAGCCAAGUAUGGGAGCAUAUAUUGAAGAUGGGAUACUCCCCACGCAUUUGUGUGCUAUUACCAGAGGCAUUAUCCACUAUGACAAUGAGUUAACAACCUGGACCGAUAACGAAAAGCGUAAUCCUUUCAAUACCUUCAGGGACGACUCAUCAGUUUGGUCUCCUCAGUUUUCGUACACUUCACUAGAGUGGAAAAGAGCGCAGAUGAACUUGGGAAUAAGAAUGGUAAGUGAACUUUUCCUACAAUGA